GGUGACGUCAUUCUGCGCCAACGCGCAGAUGGAGAAAUCAUUCCUGGACGGCCAUGAAAACAGGAGGAGCGCAGGUGUCCAGGCUGAACCAAGGAGCGGGGAGGCCUGCAAUGUAACAGAGCUGUAACUCUGGUGUUGAGAAAGUACUGAAAGACCUUGAUGAUAUCUUUGCUUUGGCACAGUUGUUUGAGAGAAUAAACAUGGAGCGAGGAAGAGGCCAAAGGGAAGGUGCAAGCAUGAGCAGAAAUGUUUACCCACAACAAUACAACUACCCCUCCUCCCAGAAUUUAGAGAUACAGGAAUUGGCAUCUAAGAGAGUAGACAUUCAGAAAAAGAGAUUUUAUUUGGAUGUUAAGCAGAGUGCUCGAGGCCGUUUUUUGAAGAUAGCAGAGGUGUGGAUUGGUAGAGGACGACAGGAUAACAUCAGAAAAAGUAAACUGACUUUAUCUUUGUCCGUUGCUGCUGAAUUAAAGGAUUGUUUGGGAGAUUUCAUUGAGCAUUAUGCCCACCUGGGUCUUCGAAGCAGUCAUUCCCAACGCAGCGACCAUGGAAGUGAAAAAGAGCACGAUUCCAGGAGGAGACCGCAUCCAGUAUCGCCUUCAGGGUCUGUUGGAUCAGAAGAACCUACAACACACAGUGUUCUGAAGACUGAAUACAUUGAACGAGACAACAGAAAAUAUUAUCUAGACCUUAAAGAAAACCAGCGUGGACGUUUUUUAAGAAUUAGACAAACUAUGACCAGAGGGCCUGGGAUGAUUGGCUAUUUUGGCCAGAGUCUGGGUCAGGAGCAAACUAUUGUUCUGCCAGCUCAAGGUAUGAUUGAAUUUAGGGAUGCUCUGGUUCAGCUUAUUGAAGACUAUGGAGAAGGAGACAUUGAAGAGCGAAGAGGUGGUGCAGAUGAACCCCCUGAGCUUCCAGAAGGAACAUCAUUCAGAGUGGAUAACAAAAGGUUCUACUUUGAUGUUGGUUCCAACCGUUAUGGCAUAUUCUUAAGGGUAAGUGAGGUUAGACCACCCUACCGCAACACUAUUACAGUUCCUUACAAGGUAUGGACGAGGUUUGGUGACAAUUUUAUCAAAUAUGAAGAAGAAAUGAGAAAAAUUUACAAUGGCCAUAAAGAAAAGAGAAUGGAUAUACGUGUGGACAGUAGUGAAGAGCAAGAGUGUCCUGAGUAGAUCAAAUGCCACUGGAACAUCAUACGGAAAAAAAAUGAAGCUUUUUAUUGAAGACAAAUGCUAUAGUAUUUUAGAAGAUUUCCCUAUUUUUCAUUUUCUGUUAACUUCUUUAUUUUUUAGCAGAAUACCUUUGGACAAAAAUAAUACAUCAAGAGUCUGGUAUUUAGGUUUAUCUACAACACAAAUACUCUUACGAGCGUACCAGCCUCCCUUGGAGCUGCUUCAAUAAUUCAAGACUAUUCCAAGUAUGUUUUUGAUCAGCACAAAGUUCAACAUUUAAGAUACCUUAGUUCUGCCAAGCUUAUUUACAGGGCAUUUAUUACUGUGAAUGUAUAGGAAAUGCAUUUACAUGUUUGCAGAGCUCUUCUGUUGGAGUUCUGAAUGUUUAGCGGACACAGGAACCAUCAGUGACAAAGAGUAGAAUGGAAGCUGACAGUGUGUGUUAACUGUUUACACUGUUUCCAGCCAAGGAUUUCUACAUCUCAAGAUUUAAAACUGUUAAAAACCAACACAAAUAGCUGCACAGAAAGAAGUAUGGGAUGAACAAGUAGCAAUUUAAAAAGGUAAAAGAGUGUUCAGUUAUGCCUUUUAACAAAACUUCUCCCAUCACAGCUAUUUUAUAUAUGAAUAUAUCUCUCUCUAUAUAUAAAUAUAUAUAUAAUGGUGCACCCCUGUAUAGGCCUGUUGUUCCAUGGAAGUUUGUUUAUACUGUAAGUUUAAAUACUCUCUCUUCCCUGUCUUCUUUCCUGUGUGCGUGCGUGCGUAUUUGGUCACAUUGAAAAAAAAAAACCUGAUGAAUGUUCAAGUAUUCUUUUAUUUAGAUGUCGUUUGACUGAAAUGUUUAUGCAGCAUCUCUUAGCAAAGAAAACGUGGAUGCUUAAAUAGAAAACCUUUGUCCCACCUGAAUAGUGGCAUAGGGUUCUCAUUCAUAACAAUGGACAACCGAACCAUACCAAAUCUGCCCUUACUUGCGUAUUGUUUUGCACAAGGGUUGCUGACUUUGUAUGUUGGUGUACAAGCACUGAAAAGUUUUAUUUUUAUUUAAAGAAAAAAAAAUACAUAUAUAUAUCUAUAAAUAUAUCUAUAUAUAGCUAUACACCGUUAGUGUUUAGUUAAUUGCAAAAUGUAUGUAUAUCAUAGUUAUGCAUGUUGAGCAUACCUAUAGAGUUACCUUUUAGUAAAGAUUAUAAGUGGGGUAUACAGUAAGUAUCACUGAACGCUGUUGCUGCUAAUCACUGUGCCUGUAGUAACGAAGAACAUGUUCACAUGGCUAACCGGAUGUACGAAUGUAACAACAGGUCAUUUUGGCCAUGUAUAUCCCACAUUCAUGGUAACUGUAAUUCCUUUGUCAACAAAUGGCAUUUUCUUUGUCUGUCAGGAAAUGCCAUUUCUCAUUCCAAUUCUUGUUCAGUGACCUUCAUGUUAAAUUACAAAAUAAAUUCAGUUAAAUU